AGGAAUGUAAAAUUUGAAGCUCCGGAACCUGUUUCAGAUGGAAUACAUGUGCGUUCUAGUAAAAGACAUUGUUUAGAGGUUCCAAACACUCCAGACAUUUUCGGAAGUUCUCAGCUGAAAGAGAAAACUGGAACCAGAAAAAAUUCGAGGAUGGUCAUUAAGCAGAGAAAUUUAGAUGAUUGUCCACAGAAAAAGAAUGGUCUUGAGAAAAAAAGUUCAAUGUUGAGGAAGAAUGUGAAAGAGACAGACACAGAUAAUCUUUCUGGUAGAACAAAUGGGGGUUCUAAUAAAAAUUCUGGUUCAGAAUAUCUUCAGUUCCCAGAGGGUGGGUGCAACAAUGAAGCUGAAUCCGAUGCUAAUCUAACAGAUGAGAACUAUCAUGAGUUCUUAAGUUGCAGUAAGAAUGAUGGUAAAGGUUUGGUCUUUACAUCCAGAAUCUGCGGACCAUUAAGAUAUGAUGAAGAAAGUUCAUCGGAUUCAGAUGAAGAAAGUUCAUCGGAUUCAGAUGUGAUUGUGCUUGACAGGGAUCCACAUGAGGGAUACCAUACACAAAUUACGAUGGAUGUAGAUAGUCGGCGGUCUACUGAAAGUCAUUCCCAGUUUAGGCAAGGGAUUAUGCAGGAUCUUAUAAGGCCUUACCACCUAGAAGAGUAUCUCAGUCUCUUGGAAGACUGGUCCCGCCAAAGGCCACCAACGGGUCAUGACAAAAAUCUGCGAAAUGGAAAAGUAAAAUCGUAUGCACUGGAAGGGGAAUUCGGAAGAUCAUAUCAAGAGAUGUACAAAGAUCUGGCAAGAAAGAUGGAUGCCGUGACAGGCGAUUAUCGCCCUAGAAAGUUGAACCUUUUGCGGGGAUUUUUCUACUGGUUGAAGAAUAUUGCCCAGCAUGGAAGCUUUAAACCUUGGAAUGACAAAGCAUGUUUGAAAGUGUUGCCGCAGAAGCACUAAAUAGGAGGGCUUCUUGUGCAUUAUGUUCUAAAUCAAAAGGGGGAGGCAU